AUGUCAACCCACACAGCCCGUGACAGCCUCACUCUCGCCCUCCCGGACGGCCGCACCAUAGGCUACGCCGAAUACGGGCUCCCAACGGGCUACCCGAUCCUCUAUUUCCACGGCUUCCCCGCCUCCCGCCUCGAAGCGCGCGGCACAUCCGCCCUCGCGCGCCGGAAAGGCCUGCGCAUCAUCGCGCUCGACCGGCCAGGAUUCGGACUGUCGACGUUCCAGCCUGGACGGCGCAUCGUCGACUGGCCGGUAGAUGUUCGAGAGUGCGCCGGCCAGCUGGGUUUGCGGCGCUUCGCGGUGCUGGGUGUAUCGGGCGGCGGGCCGUACGCUCUUGCGUGCGCGCAUGCGUUGCCGAGGGAUAUGGUCUCUGCUGUUGGAUUGUUCGCGAGCGGUCCGCCGUGGGCAGCAGGGAGACAGCACAUGUCGCGCGGGCGGAGAAUGCUCGCGUUCGCGGCGACGUACUUCCCUGCGGUCGUGCGCGCGGUCAGCGGUGUCGUUGUGGGAAUGGCGCGGUGGAUCGUGAAUAGUGGGCCUGUGGCGCGGAGGAUAGAUCAGUGGAUCGAGAGUUUGGACGCGAAGAAGAAGAAGGACGAUGAUCGGAGGGAUGGAGAAGAGGAAGAAGAGCUCACGAUCCCGCAACGGCGCCAACGCCUCUUGCGAAUGGCAUUCGAAGCCUUCGUCCAAGGCCCGCGCGGCUUUGUACACGAAACGCAACUCCUUGUCUCUCCCUCCUGGGGCUUCAACUUCGAAGAUGUCACGUAUGACAACGUGCAGGUGUGGCACGGUGCCAAGGACACGUUCGCGCCGGCGGUGAUGAUUAGGUGGAUGGUUGAGAGGUUGCCGCAUGUUCAGUAUAAGGAGUAUGAGACCGACAACCAUGUCAGUUUGGGCGAUCAUUUCGAAGAGGUGUUUGGGGAGCUUGUGCCGGAGGAGGUGCUGGAGAAGCAUCGUGCGGGCGUCAGGGAACGGGAUGCUUUCGCUCAGUCUAGUAGUUAA